AUGGAUCAAGAAAUCAUUAAGAACCUUAAAGUGAAUUACCGGCGGAGAAUUAUAAAAAGAUUGCUCAAGGCUUCGGAUGAGAAAAUAGGGUUGACUGAUUUGAAUUUAUUGGAUGCUAUUUUCGACUUGAACAAAGGUUGGGCUGAUGUGACUAGUGAUACAAAUGCGAAUUGCUUUCGGAAGGCUGGCUUUGUGAAAACUGACGUGGAAAAUCUUGCAACACAAGAACAAGACGAAACUUUAUCCGAUGGUACUUCUGAAGAGUGGUAUGAUCUACAAAGAAUGUUGGGCUUCACAGAAGUAACUUUUGAAGAUUUCAUUGAUAUAGACACUGAUGUCAUUAUUGCUAGUAAAACUACAGAUAGUAAGAUAUUGGAUAGUAUAAAGGCACAAGAACCUUCAAAAUCUGAUGACGAGAAUGAUGCCCAGGAUCAGGAUGUGGCACCGCCAGAAAAUGGAGAGAUGCUGAACUUGGUUUAG